AUGCGCCUCCAGUUUUUCUUGGUGAUGGCCGUGGCCACUCUCGCCACUAUUUCGGCAACAAGAGUCCCCGACGAUGCCAAUCUCCAGUCCGUUAAUGCUCCAGUUCAGACAGUGACAAGAAGCAGACGAUUCCUGCGUACUGCUGAUACGGAUAUUGUCUACGAGCCCAAAGUUCAUAAUCCUGGCAAGAAGCAAGUGUUCAUCGAAGACAAGCUUCAGAAGGCGCUGACAGACCCCAAGAAGAACAAGAAACUGUACGCGCGGUGGUACAACAGCGGAUUUACCGUGAAGCAAGUCGAGGGUGGAUUGGACCAGAACGAGAACAGAGAGCUCGAGCUGACGUACAAGAACCUCGCGCUGGGCUAUGCCAAGUACUAUCAAGCCCGGCGAUCGCAAGAGGCCAAGUGA